CUGCCAGUCAGUCAGUCAGUGUGAGUGUGUAAGCCAUGUUGGAUGUGAAUGAACGGGAGGAGAGAUGCUGCUGCCGCGCCGCUCCUAACGCUCCGACCUCCAGCUCCACGGACCACAGCGGGUAGAUGCCAACUCUCCAGGCCGACGGAGAGACGGGGGAGCCUGGGGGAAGGUGUCGGGCGGUGCCGGCGGUCCUGGAAUUGGCCACCUAGCCAGAGGAAGGACUGAGGGAAGUAACUGGGAGAGGAGAAUACGCACUCGACAGAGAAAGAGAGAGAAUAGGCAGAGGUGGAAGUGGGAGAAAGGUGGGGAGAGACAGAGAAAGGAAGAGACUAAAUGGCUGCACCGCUACCGGGCUUCACCCCGCUCCUGCUCUGGUCUCUGGCACUCCACCUGCUUCUCCUCGGCCCUUUGUUCGCCUUCACCCCGGAGACGGUGAAUACAGAAGGGGUUUCCAACCAAUGUACCCCGGGCCUCUUCUACCGAAACGCCGGUAAAGUGAGCCAACAGCAGCAGCAGCAGCAGCAGUGCGAGGAAGCAGGGGAGUCGCCGAGGGGCAGCUGGAAUCUACACCCAAGCAGGUGGACCUUAGAGCAGAUACAGAGUGAGGGAUGCUCUGGAGUGCAGCACGCAGAGGGGGCGCUGGGAGCAUAUCACCAGGAUGGGGCGAGGGGGACACGGAAGGAGAGACUGAAAGGAGUCGGGACGUUUGGGAGGAGUGGAAAUGGCCCUCCGGCACCAUCACCUCCUCCUCCUUCUCUCCACCCAGGUAUUAGGAGCAGGUCGAGCUGGGAUGGCGUCGGCAUAGGACAGGGAGUGGAGAGAGGAAGGCUGGUGAUGAAGGGCGUUGUUUCACCUGCUUUCACCUCCUCACCAGUUCAAAACGGCAAAAAACGGGCAGUACAAAGGACUAGAGCGUGCGCACAACGGUGGCCGGCGUCGAGGCCACACCUCGCCAAACGUGGCGCCGCCAGAGCCUUUGUGCACGCCUCUGGCCUGUGCAGGGCACCCGGAAGUGGAGAGAGGAGAGGGGGAGAGGUGUGGAAGAGGGCUGGUGAGGCAAGGAGGCUCUUAGCUACAUGGUGCUCCCUGACACCCGGGCAUCUCUACUGGCCAAGCCCCGACAAACACGCCCUCUCCACGGCCAAAAUCCCCCCAGCAGGCCCCUUACCAACCGGUUGCUUUUGUUGCAUUCAUCCUCUUUCAGGAUACAAUUCACGACAAUUCACCGUCAAAUUUCAUCACCGGUUCACCCAAAGUUCAACCUGUAUCCAGGGAUCAAAAUUGGACUACAUUUGUCAUUUUUCAUCUUGUAAUUCCACGAAGUCCGGCUACACAGACACAAUUCAGUCGCAUCCAGUUUACAGGAACAGCAACAAGGCUUGGGGUACUGGUAAUUAUUCUCAUUUGGGCAGGCACAAUGUAAUCGAUCCCAGUAGUAUAAGAGAGGGGGGUGAUGACAGCUGCUCGGUUGGGUGCACUGGUAGCAGGGAGAGGGGAGCGAGGAGAGGGGGAGAUGAACAGGAAGGGAAGGAAGCGUACAGAUGUAGCGCACCGGCAGUGAUUAACCCCAGAACCAGGGCGCACUUUGAUUAUUGUGGAACCCCUGUGCAUGAUGCGAAAGCAGGGUAUUACUACGCCGGAAUUAAGGAUAAGGAGAGGGAAAGGAAUGAGAGGAAAGAUGGAAAGGGAGGAGGGGCGUACCAAGACAACAAACACGUUAAUUUACCUAAUUACCCGGAUAAUGAUUUGCCUUUUCCGAUUCUAUGUAAUGAGCUUCGGAAGGGGAAAUCAGCACCAGCAAACACGAGGCAGAACAGUCAAACCCGGGGAGAAAGCAGAAAGGUACCCGGUGGUUGCUUUGGUUGUUUUGACAGUGUAGAAAUUUUGAAUGCAUAUUUAGCCGCGUUUAUGGUCCGAGAGGGAGCCAUAGCUCAGAGGAAUCUCCCCAUCCACAUCACAGAGACGCCCGGACAACGCUUUCUAUCCAGCAAAAGCGCAAUUCCCGAAAUCGAAUCAAAAUAUUCUGGCUUGGUGCUCAGUACGCCCCCUCAAACACAAACAGACGAUUAUUCAAAAAGUGUGAAACUAUCCAAAGCACUCCGUCUCUCUGCUGUAAAAGUAAAUGCAACUCCAGAGACAGAGUCUGCAUGUGACUCAGACUUUUUCUCACAUGCUAAGUUUCCCGUUACAUCUCCCGGAAAUGUGUCAGCCACGUCUCGCUCUGCAACAGUUAUCAAACCACAUAUUCGCUCUCAGUCUGAUCACACCGCAACAAAACACCUGUCGCCUUUGUCGGAAAUAAACCUGACUACAUGGAAGGAUGACUCUGCGCAUUCGCUUCACUUACCCUCUGUGAAGGACCUGAUUUCAGCACGAUGGACAGCUCCCUCAGACUCACAGCGCAUAUUUUUGUGGCGCACAUUAAACACCAACAGUAAUAACAACAACGAAGGGGAGGGGAGCAAGGAGGUAAAUGCAUAUAGUCAUGAAUCUGAAAAAGAAAAAUCGCCGUGGCAUGGUCAGACACAGCAGCAAGACCUGUUGGAAAGCGCACUGCCAAAGAUGGUCCACCCAGUGUGCCCUGACUGCAUUUCCCCCGACUGUUCAGCCACCGAGCGGGGGGACCAUGCACAUAUGCAAUUAAAAUCCAGUAAGCAAGUGCCAUUAGAGCCCGAAGGUGUCAGACAGUCAGAUAGACGGCAGAUGGGGGCCGAGGAAGAAAGGGAGAGGGAUACAGAGAGGGAGGGAGAGCGCUUGGAGGGGUCCGCUGCUGUUGGGGGAGGGAAAUUACAGGUGGGGGUGGGUGAGACAGAGUGGGUGCGCCUGAUGGGAGGGAGAGAUGCAGGAGGAGAAGAGCAAAAGGAGGAGGAGUGGGAGAGGGAAAAGAGAAUAACAAAGGCAAGCCAGGCUGUGGAGAGAGAGUUAGAGGGAGGGAAGGGUCAGGAUAGGGGCAGUAGUACCACCACCAUCAUGCAGCCAGAUAGCGAAAGAGGGAAGAGAGAGAGCCAGGUUGAUGAAAGCCAUGAGGUAGGAGAGAUGGAUGAGAGGGAGGGGGAGGAGGGGGAGGAGAGGCAGGGCACAAGGGGAGAGAGGAGUCUGGAACAACUGAUAAUAGUAGAAGAUGAUGAAACCUCGCCGGGAAAAAGGGAGAGGGAGAUUUUGAAGCCGUGGCCUCGCUCUCGACGUGCAGCCAACAGACACCCCCAUUUCUCCCAGUAUAACUAUCAAGUACAAGUAGCUGAGAACCAGCCGCCUGGCACCUCGGUCAUUGUCAUGUCCGCCUCAGACACAGAUGCAGGAGAUGCAGGCAGGGUGAGCUACACAAUGGCCCCACUGAUGAACAGUCGAUCAUCUGACUACUUCCACAUCCAUCCAGACACAGGUCUCAUUACCACCACUCAGAUUCUAGACAGAGAACACAUGGAUUUGCAUUACUUCCGGGUCACUGCGACAGAUUAUGGCCCCUCUCGCCUCUCUGGCACCACAAUGGUGGCCAUUACUGUUUCAGACCGAAAUGAUCAUUCUCCCAUAUUUGAACAGACAGAGUACAGGGAAACAAUCAGGGAAAACGUUGAGGAGGGCUAUCCCAUCUUACAACUGAGAGCGACAGACUUAGACUCCCCAUCCAAUGCCAAUAUCCGUUACCGCUUUGUUGGUGACACGGCUGCAAUGGCACGAGGAGCCUUUGAGAUUGACCCACGUUCUGGCCUCAUUACAACCCGCGGAUCAGUGGACCGGGAAACAAAUGAGCACUACACUCUCCAGGUGGAGGCUAGUGACCAGGGGAAGGAACCAGGGCCACGCUCCGCCACUGUUAAAGUUUUCAUCACUGUUCUGGAUGAAAAUGACAAUGUGCCACAGUUCAGUGAAAAGCGCUAUGUGGUAGCAGUGAAGGAGGAUGUACGGCCGCACUCUGAGAUCCUCCGUGUGAGUGCCACAGACAGGGACAAGGACAGUAAUGCUGCUGUUCACUAUAAUAUCAUCAGUGGUAACAGCCGUGGGCAGUUUUCUAUUGACAGUGUCACUGGGGAGAUCCAGGUUGUGGCACCACUAGACUUUGAGGCAGAACGAGAGUAUACGCUCCGUGUUCGUGCACAGGACAAUGGCCGGCCACCUCUGUCCAACAACACCGGUAUUGUCAGUGUACAGGUGACGGAUGUCAACGACAACCCACCGAUCUUUGUCUCCACACCAUUCCAGGCGUCUGUGCUUGAGAGUGCCCCAGUUGGUAGUUCUAUCCUCCACAUACAGGCCAUUGAUACUGAUUCUGGUGAUAAUGCCCGUCUGGAGUACAGGUUAACUGGCACCAGCUCUGACACGCCAUUCAUUAUUAAUUCUGCAACAGGCUGGGUCACUGUGAGUUCUAUUCUUGACCGAGAAUCUGUAGAGCACUAUUUCUUCGGUGUGGAGGCUAGGGAUUAUGGCAUGCCACCUCUUUCUGCUACUGCGAGUGUUACAAUUACAGUGAUGGAUGUUAAUGACAACCGCCCUGAGUUCCUCCAAAAGGAGUACUAUUCUCGCCUGAAUGAGGAUGCGGUGGUUGGCACCAGUGUUGUGACUGUCACAGCUGUGGACCGUGAUGUCAACAGUGCGGUGACCUAUCAGAUUACAGGAGGAAACACCAGAAACCGCUUUGCUAUUAGCACAGCAGGAGGGGCUGGACUUCUCUCGUUAGCUCUCCCAUUGGACUACAAACAGGAGCGCCGCUAUGUUCUAACCGUCACUGCCUCAGACCGCACGCUCCACGACACCUGUCAGGUGCACAUCAACAUCACAGAUGCCAACACACAUCGGCCUGUAUUUCAGAGUGCCCACUACUCUGUUAGUGUGAAUGAGGACAGACCACCUGGAAGCACUGUAGUUGUGAUCAGUGCCACAGAUGAUGAUGUUGGUGAAAAUGCUCGAAUCACAUAUUUCCUCGAGGACAAUAUCCCACAAUUCCGUAUUGACACCUCAACAGGGGCUAUUACACUCCAGGCAGAGCUUGACUAUGAGGACCAGAUGACUUACACUUUGGCUAUAACAGCUAAAGACAAUGGCAUACCACAGAAAUCAGACACCACAUACGUUGAGGUGAAUGUGAAUGAUGUGAACGACAAUGCACCUCAGUUCCUCAGCCCCAGAUAUCAGGGAACAGUGAGCGAAGAUGCUCCUCCUUUCACUAGUGUCCUUCAAAUAUCAGCUACUGACCGUGAUGCACACGCCAAUGGUCGUGUUCAGUACACUUUCCAAAAUGGUGAGGACGGGGAUGGAGACUUUACCAUUGAACCUACAUCUGGCAUUGUCCGAACUGUUCGCCGUUUGGACCGUGAGAGCGUGCCAUUCUAUGAGCUCACGGCUUAUGCUGUGGAUCGUGGCGUUCCCCCUCAGCGAACUCCCGUCCACAUCCAGGUGACAGUCCUAGAUGUGAACGACAAUGCCCCUGUCUUCCCUGCAGAUGACUUUGAGGUUCUAGUGAAGGAAAAUAGCGCAGUGGGCUCUGUGGUAGCCCAGAUCACGGCCACUGACCCAGAUGAGGGUGCCAAUGCUCAGAUCAUGUACCAAAUUGUGGAGGGCAACAUCCCUGAAAUUUUCCAGAUGGACAUCUUUUCAGGGGAGCUCACCUCACUCAUUGAUCUUGACUAUGAAGCCCGCAAUGAGUAUGUCAUCGUAGUCCAGGCCACCUCAGCACCUCUAGUCAGCCGGGCCACUGUCCGAAUCAGAUUGGUGGACCAGAACGACAACCGGCCCACUCUGCAGGACUUCCAAAUCAUCUUCAACAACUUUGUGUCCAAUCGCUCCAACAGUUUCCCCAGCGGGGUAAUUGGGAGAGUACCCGCCCACGACCCUGAUGUGUCAGACAGGCUCUACUACACCAUUGACAGAGGGAACGAGCUUCACCUGCUGCUCCUGAAUCACACCAGUGGAGAGAUCCGACUGAGCCGAAAACUGGAUAACAACAGGCCGCUGGUGGCUCCCAUGCUGAUCACCGUCACAGAUGGCGUCCACAGCAUUUCAGCCCAGUGCAUUCUCCGCGUCCUCAUCAUCACCGAGGACAUGCUCGGCAGCAGUGUCACUGUCCGCCUCCAGAACAUGUCCCAGGAGCACUUUCUGUCACCGCUGCUGGGUAACUUCCUGGAGGGCGUGUCGGCGGUGCUCUCGGUGCCUGUUGAAGAUGUUUUCAUCUUUAACAUCCAGCCUGACCUGGACGCAGCGCCGGGAGGAAUCCUGAAUGUCAGCUUCUCUGCCGCACUGCCGGGUGGACUUUUCUUCCCCUCUGAGGCCCUGGAGGAACAGCUGUACCUUAACAGGCUGAGGCUGACAUCACUGACACAGAUGGAGGUCCUACCAUUUGACGACAAUGUGUGUCUACGUGAGCCGUGCCAGAACUACAUGAAGUGCAUCUCAGUGCUGCGAUUCAACAGCUCUGCCCCCUUCAUCUCCUCGCCCUCCAUCUUGUUCCGGCCCAUUCACCCCAUCGCAGGCCUACGCUGCCGCUGUCCAGUUGGCUUCACGGGUGAUUACUGCGAGACGGAGAUCAACCUGUGUUACUCCAACCCUUGCCUGAAUGGAGGGGUGUGCGCCCGCAGAGAAGGAGGGUAUACCUGUAUCUGCCGUGAAGACUACACUGGUGAUCGAUGUGAGUUUGAUCGACGGCAGGGCAGGUGUGUGCCAGGUGUGUGUCGUAAUGGAGGGACGUGUCGGGAGCUUUCAGGUGGGGGUUUCCGCUGUGAGUGUCCUGCUGGAGGCUAUGAGCGUCCAUACUGCACAGUCACUGCCCGGUCCUUCCCACCGAAGUCCUUUGCCAUGUUUCGGGGCCUCAGACAGAGAUUUCACCUUUCCAUCUCGUUAACUUUUGCCACCUUGGAGAACAGUGGUCUUCUCUUCUACAAUGGACGCUUCAAUGAGAAACAUGACUUCAUCGCCUUGGAGAUACAAGACGGACAAGUGGUGCUCAAAUAUUCCACAGGUGAAUCGUCCACUCAGGUGAGUCCCUUCCUGCCUGGGGGUGUGAGCGAUGGCAACUGGCAUACUGUUCACAUCCACUACUACAACAAGCCGAAGCGCAGUAUGAGUGGCGAGGCCCAGGGUCCGUCAGAUGAGAAGAUCGCUGUAGUGAGUGUUGACGACUGUGAUACAGCCCUGUCUCUUCGCUUCGGUACGCAGCUCGGAAAUUACAGCUGUGCUGCACAGGGCAAACAGACCAGCAGCAAGAAGUCUCUGGACCUGACUGGUCCAUUGUUUCUGGGUGGAGUUCCCAAUGUACCAGACAACUUCCCAUUUGGCACCAGGGAGUUUAUCGGCUGUAUGAAGGAGCUGCACAUUGACAACAAGCCGCUGGACUUGGCUGGCUUUAUCGCUAACAAUGGAACGCUCCCUGGCUGCAGCGCCAAGCUGCCUUUCUGUAAGUCCAAUCCAUGUCAGAACGGAGGAACCUGCAGAGUGAGCUGGGAGACCUUCUCCUGUGACUGUCCCCUAGGGUACGGAGGGAAGGACUGCAGCCAUGUGAUGCCACACCCCCAUCGCUUCCUGGGUAACAGUGCCCUCUGGUGGGACCUGAAGAACGACGUGACCAUCUCCACGCCCUGGUACCUCGGCCUUGUGUUCAGAACCAGAGCGCAAGAAGGGACAUUGUUGCAGGCCCAGGCUGGCCAGUACACCAGCCUGCUGUUCCAGGUGAUAAAUGGUCAGCUGGUGUUCUCCGUGACCCGCGGCUCGACCAGACCAGUGCGUUUGCGGUUGGACCAGGUUCAGGUGGCAGACGGCCGGUGGCAUGACCUCCAGCUGGAGCUGCGAGAUGUCCGCAGUGGCCGCGAGACACGCUACGUUGCCACACUACGGCUUGACUUUGGACUCUAUCAAGGAACAGUGAUAGUGGGAAAUGAGAUUCAUGGUUUGAAGGUGAAACAUCUGCAUGUGGGAGGAGUGCUGGGCUCCGGAGAAGUUCAAAAUGGGAUAAGAGGAUGCAUACAGGGUGUUCGGUUAGGUGUGCGGCCCGAUGCCCCUCCCUUGCCCCGCCCAUCGAGAGCUGUCAAAGUAGAGACUGGCUGUAAUGUUGGCAACCCCUGCGUCUCAUCUCCUUGCCCUGCCCAUAGCCGUUGCUCCGACCAAUGGGAGCGGCACACCUGUGUCUGCGAGCCUGGCUACUAUGGGAGAGGCUGCACUGAUGCUUGCCAUCUGAAUCCGUGUGAAAACGAGGCUCAGUGCCACAGGAAGCCCAGCUCUUCACAUGGAUACAUCUGUGACUGUGGAGACAACCACUAUGGGCAGUACUGCCAACACAGAAUUGAUCACCAAUGUCCCAGGGGUUGGUGGGGAUCUCCGACCUGUGGACCAUGUCACUGUGACACCAAUAAAGGCUUCGACCCCAACUGUAACAAGACCAGUGGACACUGUCACUGCAAGGAGUUUCACUACCAUGUGCGGGCCUCUGACACCUGCCUGCCAUGUGACUGCUACCCAGUGGGUUCCUUCUCUCGAUCAUGUGACCCAGAGACAGGCCAAUGCCAGUGCAGGCCCGGUGUGAUAGGUCGCCAGUGCAACACAUGUGACAACCCCUUUGCUGAGGUCACAAAUUCAGGCUGUGAAGUCAUUUAUGAUGGUUGUCCAAAGACCAUCACUCAGGGGAUCUGGUGGCCUCGGACCAAGUUCAACCUGCCAGCUGCAGUGCCUUGCCCCAAAGGCUCUGUCGGUGCGGCCAUCAGACACUGUGAUGUAGAGAGAGGAUGGCUUGAGCCAGACCUUUACAACUGUACCUCGCCUCCAUUUGUGGAGCUCAAUGCUGCUCUUGAUUCUCUGGAGCGUAAUGAAACCGAGUUGAACACCAUCUUGGAGAAGAAACUUGCCCACCAGCUCCGGGACGUCACUGAGGCAACCACCCGACUCUACGGCAAUGACUUGCAGAUUGCCGAAAGACUGCUGUCCCGCCUCCUGACCUUCGAGACCCAACAGAGCGGCUUUGGACUCACUGCUACUCAGGAUGCACAUUUCAACGAGAACAUUCUCCGGGGGUGCAGUGUGCUGCUGGGUCCUGGUACCUCUGGGCUUUGGCGGGCUCUCACUCAGAGUCAGAACCACAUCCCAGGCGGUGGUCCAGCUGAGCUGGCAGAGCUGCUGGAGCAGUACACCCAGAAUCUGGCCCAGAACAUGAAGCUCACCUACCUUAACCCUGUGGCGCUGGUUGCUCCAAACAUUGUCAUGAACCUAGACCGUAUAGAGAACCAGACCCAUGUGCGACGACGUUUCCCACGUUACCACACCACCAUGUUUCGCGGUCAGGCUUUGUGGGAUCCCUACACCCAUGUGAUACUUCCCCCAGCUGCCCUGGUGCCACAACGACAGCAACAACACAACUGGAAGGAGAAGGAGCGGACAGAGAAAGAACCCCCUCAGAAUGCUGCUCCUGCUCCUGUCAGUAUCUCACCCAAUCAGACAGGAGAGUACACGGCAGCCAGACGCACUGUUUCGCUGCCUGAGCCACCCAUCACCAUCGUCCUCUUGCUGAUCUAUCGCAGUCUGGGCGCUGCCCUCCCUGCCAAGUACCACACAGACCGACGAGGAGUGAGGCUUCCCAGACACCCGGUAAUGAACUCCCCAGUGGUCAGUAUCUCCGUAUUCAACAACCAGACGUUUGUGGGCGGACACUUGGACCAACCUAUCCUGCUUGAGUUCAAGCUGCUGGAGACGGCCAAUCGCAGCAAACCACUUUGUGUGCAGUGGAACCACAGCAGUCCGUAUGAGAUAGGAGGUUGUUGGACAGUCAGGGACUGCAUGGUGGUGUACAGGAACACCUCUCAUGUCCGCUGUCAGUGCCAGAGACUGGGCACCUUCGGCGUGUUGAUGGACAGCUCACAGAGAGAGCAGUUGGAGGGGGAUCUAGAGACACUGGCCCUGGUCACAUACUCCUCUCUGUGCGUCUCAAUGCUGGCCCUCCUCCUCACUGUCCUGGUGCUCUCCUGCCUCCGAGGCCUCAAGUCCAACACCAGGAGCAUCCAUUCAAACUUGGCGGCGGCCAUGUUUUUGUCGGAGCUGGUGUUUCUGUUCGGGGUCAAUCAGACUGAACAACAGUUCCUGUGCACGAUUGUUGCCAUCCUCCUGCAUUACUUCUUCAUGUCCAUGUUUGCCUGGAUGUUCGUGGAGGGCCUUCAUAUCUACCGCAUGCAGACUGAGCAACGCAACAUUAACUAUGGUGCCAUGAGGUUCUACUAUGCCAUCGGUUGGGGCGUGCCCGCCAUCAUCACAGGCCUGGCAGUGGGCUUGGAUCCAGAGGGUUAUGGGAAUCCAGACUUUUGUUGGAUCUCCAUCUAUGACAAACUCAUCUGGAGCUUUGCUGGUCCUAUAGCCAUCGUCAUACUGAUGAAUGGAGGGAUUUUCAUGAUUGUAGCAAAGAUGUCCUGCAAUACCUCUCAGAAGGAGACCAAGAAGCUUCCUGUCAUUGCUACUAUUCGCAAUGCCUUCCUGCUGUUGCUAGUGGCCACCUCCACCUGGCUGUGUGGUCUGAUGGCUGUGAACAACAGCAUCCUGGCUUUCUACUAUAUAUUCGAUGUCCUCUGCUUAGUCCAGGGUCUGUCGGUGAUGCUGGUCUUCACUGUGUUCAACUCGGAGGUUAAGGAGGCCUGGAGAGUCGCCUGUUUGGGUAAGAAGAGCCCUGGAGAAGACCCACCGAGACCACCGCAGAACACUGCUCAGAACCCCUAUCACAAUGCAUCUCUGUUGGAGCAGAGUGGACUGCACCGCAUCACCCUGGGAACGUCCACCAUCUCCUCUGUCAGCUCCGCCAGAGAAAAUCUUUUGGCUCGUCAGACUCUGGAACAAAACAUCGUCCACACCGGAGCAACAGACCUGGAUGUAGCCAUGUUCCAUAGAGAUGGAGGUGAGGACUCUGACUCAGACUCUGACCUCUCCAUGGAGGAGGAGCGCAGUCUCUCCAUCCCUUCCUCGGAGAGCGAGGACAACGUCCGACUCCGUGGGCGCAUCCAACGGAGAUUUAAACGCUCCAAUCACAGUGAGCGUUUGCUCACUGAGCCCACCCACAACGGCACCAAAGAUCUGGAUGGCAAUGACCUUCUGUCCUACUGGCCAGCUCUGGAGGAGUGUGAGACACACACCUUGCAGAAGUGGGGCUCAGAGCGCCCCCUGGGGGCAGAUUACAGCAAGGACGCUGCCAACAACAACCAACCUGAUGCAGCGCUGACCAGUGGGGACGAGAACGGCCUCACCCAGCCCCACAGACACCGCAAGGGUAUCCUUAAGAAUCGUCUUGGCUGUCCCCCAGCACUCCAGGGUCUUUCCACCAUGGGCCGGGUCCCUAGUGAGCUGAACUGGUACCGGACCUCUACUUUGGGUCACCGGGGCGUUCCUGCGGCCUCCUACGGUCGCAUGUACUCUGCCACGGCAGGUGCCAGCGGAGGUUCCGGCUCUCUUUCCCAACCAGCUUCCCGCUACUCCUCCAGGGAGCACCUGGACUCGCUAGCCCGGAGGCAGCUGUCCAGGGAUCCACUAGGGAGGCAGACGAUUGGGGGAUCAAGGGACCGGCUGGACUCCCGUGGUUCUAGGGACAACCUGGACCUCUUACCCAGGAGGAGAGAGCUGGGGCAGGGAGCGGGGCUAGGAAGCCUGGGGCUGGAUCACCAGCGAGUCUCAUCAUCCAGGGAGAACUUGGCAGUAUCCAGGGACAGACUGGACAACCACCACGCAGGCAGUGUCCACGCCUCGAGGGAGGACUUGAGUGGAAAUGGAGGAACGGAGGGAUACCUCAGUGGAUCGAGGUCACAGCUGAACACCCUAACUCGGAGGCAGGCCUCAUCCCGAGAGCACCUAGGGGGGGCACUGAUGAGCAGUAGGUCGAGAGAGCAGCUGGAGACCAACGGAGUAGGAGCCCAGGGUCAGCCGUGUCGGGAGUGGCUCCGCACUCUGCCUCCCCGCCAGCCCUCCCACCCCGACCAGCCUCCCUCCUCCUCCCCUCCUCCCCCAAUCUCAGAGGAGCCUCAGCAAGAGCAGCUCCCGGCUUCAGCUCACGUUAGAGGACGGCUGGACUCCGCACCUCCAUGUAGGUACCCCGGUCAGACUGUCCCCCAGGUCCCGGGUCAAAAUCCGAACCCUCUGGGACGACAACCAUCCAGUGAACAUCUGGAUAUUCUAUCCUCCAUCCUGGCAUCCUUCAGUUCCUCGGUCCUCACUCCUCCCUCUGCUGCCUCUAACCCAGGCCCUAAUGGCUCCGCCCAUGGGCCCUCCCCCUCCCCACCUCAGUCUGCCACCUCCCACAGCAUAUCUGAAGUCUCCCCCGACUCCGAAGCCAACAGAAGUGAAGGGCAGUCUUGAUGACAGCCUUAAUAUCCCUUUAUGCAUUGUGACAGUGCUUGGAACACCAGGGACAAGUUUGAAGGUCAUGGAUGGCCCUUAACCACUGACACACCCCGGGACAUUGGAGGACUAGAAACAAACGUGGGACAGAGAAGACACAGAGUUGGAAAGAAAUUAAGACAGAGAGAGUGUCCACUGAGGACAAAAGAGGAUGUUUGUGGGUGGUUUGUACUGUAUAAAGGUUUUUUGAGUCCCACCGCCUUCAGUGAUCGAUGACGUUUCUUUGGACAAUGAGUCAAAUCACCUCUACUACCUAAAAACUGUUAAAGUCAAACACAAACUCCUCAGAUUUCAAACAGAUCAGAUCAGAUUGAUCCAUACAAGAUCUGUCUAAAAAAAAAAAAAAAGAAGAGACUGUAAAUAACAUUUUUAUACAUUUUGUAUCUUUUUCAUUGAAGAUGAAGAAGAAAUCUCUUGUGAUGUUUCUUUUUUUUUUUUUUUUAAAGAUAGUGUCUGUGUGAGGUUGGUGCGAAUGCAGUCUUGUUUGUUGCUGAGGGAGAGAUUUUCCCUUACAAAGAAAAAACUAUCCCAAAAUGUCUCCCUGAAACCAAUUUUCCUCAGAAACCUUUUCCUCCCACCCAUCAACUUUGUGUAUAGUGACAGGGGUCCGGCAAUAGUAUCUGAUGAGAUUAUGGUUGAAGAUGUGGUUGAAGGGAAAAUAUCAAAGUAGCGAGAAGUGAUUGUAAAUAGAGGAAGGGAGUAUUACAAAGAAGAGAUUUGAUGGAACAAGAUGAAUGUGCAGAGAAAGAUGGCCAACGUUAAGCUAAACACCUAAAAGAAGGUUCAGAGUUCAGCUAUUAAAGCUCAGUCACAAGUGUCAAAGUUUCAGCUCUUUCAGGAGAUUGUGCUGUUUUGUGAUCCGCUGUAAAUGAAUGUGACCUUGUCGUCUGUCUGUGUAUCUUUGUGCCUGGUGCUGUCUGAUCCAGACCAUAUCAGUCGAUUGAUAUUACAAGACCAUAUCUUUAGUGUUCCAGAGACCUGGUGGGUGAAGGUAGAUAUCUGUCUGCCUCUCUGUAUGAGGCUGUAUCAUUUAACAAUCAUUUAAACCCCCUCAAGGUAUCUUGCACUUCAAUGCAUCACAACUCGGCCUGCCUCAGGAGAUGCCACAGGAGCAGCCGAAUCUCUCUGGCAGCAUCCAGGAGACUCAUUUAUAAAAGCUUCUCAUGCAGAAGUGCUGUGCAAAUCCAAGCCAAAGGGACAACUGCUUCAAAUCCAAGCUCUGUAAUGAAAAUGACUUGUGCAGGAUGUGAAUGCUGAAGAUUCACAGUUUUGUUUCAGUCUUCAUUUAAAAAAAAAAAAAAAAAGAAAAUUGUGGGCCAUGGAAACAAGCCUAAAGUGAAAAAUUGUGGCCCUAAUGAGGCCCUAUGUCUGUGCUACUAGAUAAGCUAACACUGGUUGAUAUUUUAGUUGGCUGCAUACUGUAUAAGCAAGUGGAUUUGAUUUGGCAUGUAGGAGAGCGGAUCAGAGGGAACGCAUUAUGAGUCACAUCUUAGUGUGCUCAGAUAUUUGUUUGGAGACCUGAAAGCAGACCUGCAGUACAUACCCAGCAAGUAUCUACCUGAAUAUUUUAGCUCAUGUCUGUAGCACAUGAAUCCCAUGACAGAAGUUUUUACUUGCUUGGUUGAAUGCAGAUGAAAUGACUUCAGCUUGUCCUUUUAUAUAUGACAAAAUCUAACAGAACAGAGGCACUAGCUCUAAAUCUGCAUAGUUCUGACUUUGCUUAUGAGCUCCCAUCAGAACACAUUUAUACAGAUGUCUUCUCAUAGUUAGACUAAUGCACAAAGGUGAGGUCUCUUGAAAGGCACAGCGUAGCUUCUGCAGCGCUGUACAAGUUUGCUGAGGAGAGAUGUCAGUUGUGCCAGCACUAAAAGCCUCUAAGUGGUUUUGAGAUGCAGGUCCAUCAGCAGCUGCUCCUCUCUCACAGCUGUUGGAGCGAGCGCUGAGUUCAGCCUUAAGGUAACAACAUGCAGGCAUUUGUAAGCAAUGGAGACAGACAGGCAGUCUCCACUAGCCUUCAGAGGGAUUAAGGGAUUGUCAAUAACCUAAAUGUUUUUUUGUAAUGAAAAACAUGUAGUGGGUCAUACAAACUGAAGUAUUACAACGCUAACACAGCAAGAGAGGAAGUGGAUAGCAAAACAGGAAGGCUAAAAUACAGCACUAUGAGUGUCAGAAUAAAUCACGAGGUAAAAAAACAGACAAGGUUGGAAGGAACGCAAACUGGGUCAGAAUCCAUGACUAUGCGCAAAAGUGUAACUGCAAGGAGGAGGGCGUAGAUGUUACUCAUUGCUGAGGAAGACAAAGACCGAGAAAGACAGAUGCAAGUGAAUAGUGGAUAUAAACACAAACGCACAUCUCACACACCUUGCAAAUGCAUAUCUCCCUGCUCUGACUGCUACUCUGUCAUUGCCAAGUCCCUGGGAUGUGACAACUGAAGCUAGUUUUGACAGUAGUAUUGCCAAGAAAAAAAAAAUUUUUGCUCCUGAAUUUGAUUCCUUCUCAUUCAUUCGCUCCAUUUACUUACUUUGUCUUCAUAGAUUUGUUUAUCUCCAACUGACAGUACCUUUAACUUGUACAGACAUGAGAUUUAUUUUAUUUAUCGAUAAUUUAUUGACAUUGUAUUGAUUAUUUAUGUUGCCAUUUUGUAUGAAAGACUGUUGUUAAAGAAGUAUGUGUGAGUUCUUUUGUCCAAGUGUUCCCUUUUUUUUCACACAUGUAAUGUUUCUUAUGAUCUCUCACUGCAACAAAUUCACAGAUAGAUGCGGGACAUUUAGCUUUCAGCAUUAAAUUAGUUUCUUUAUCCAAUCAUGGAUGUAAAAUCCUAUAUACAUGCAUUUAUCCUCUCCAUUAGAGAAUGUCAACAUAUCUAAACAUAUCCAAACUAAAAUUUGCAUACUGGCUGUAAAUAGUGCAGGUAUGUCCCUAAUCAAACUUUUUUUCCCUCCCUGUUCUACUGUUCAGAUCAUUAUGUAUCUGCUUUUACACACAGUCAGCCGUCAGUAACGCUGAAAUGAAAACUCUAGCUUCAGGUUAAUGUGAUUCAGACCAAUAGAAGUCACACACUUAGGGGGAGACAAAAACACUGAGUUGAGACUAAAACGUUGUCAUGUGCUCUGAAAAUUGAAAAGAGGGAUUGGAGGCGGGAUGGGAGAUUGUCUUUGUUAGAUUUGUGUGUUCAUUAUAUGAUGCCUUCUAUCCCGCCGUUGGCAAAGGGAUGGCGGCAUGGAAACAGCUGUUCCUCUGUUACCACGGAAACAAGAGAAAUGUUGGACAUUAAAAAAUGACUUAUUCCUA